AUGGCUUCGAUCGCGUCGCUCAUGCCUCUACGUCGAAUGGCGCCGCUUGCGCUCGUCGGCGUCGUCUUCGCGGUCGUCUCCGCGGCCCUCCUUCCCACCGGCGACGCAAUCCGCGUGGCCGCGUCGUCCGAUCCAAUCAUCCUCAAGUCGCAGCGUACGUGGCGUUCCGCCAUUGGCUGGAAUCCCUUGUCUUGCCCAGUACUUCAAGCAAUGUUAUUCUCGGGCAAGGACUUCGUGUUCAAGUCGUGGACGGCGACCGGCGCGCCCGCCAAGUGCUCCAAGUAUAAUGGAGUGACGUGCGACGCCGAGGGCAAGAUCGUCGCCAUCAACGUCACGGCGGCCAAUCUCGCGGGGCCCAUCGACGCGCUCUCCUCGCUGGACCAGCUGCAACGCCUCGAUUUGAGUUCCAACGGCGAGGUGAAGGCGCUGCCGCAGUCGUUCACCAAGCUCAAGAAGCUCAACCACCUCGAUGUGUACAACUGUUGGAUCGAGGGACGCAUUCCGGCCUUCCUUGGCCAACUCACCGCACUCACAUACCUGAGCAUUGGUGGUAACCCGCUAGAUGGUGCUGUGCCUGCCAGCCUCGGCAACCUUGUCAACCUCGUCUCCCUCAACAUCGCUGGAACAGGGGAGGACGGCGUGGGUGGGGCUCUCCCCUCGAGCUUUGCCAAUCUGAAGAAACUCAAAGAGCUCUAUCUGCGCAACAACCGUUUCAACGGACCUCUGCCAGACUUUAUCGGAUCGUUCACAAACCUGGAGCAGCUCGUGGUGAGCAGGAACUACUGGUCGGGCGCCAUUCCCAAGGCCCUGUCCAAGCUCAAGAAGCUCAAGUACCUAGGUCUGCGAGAGACCGCUCUAGAGGGCGAGAUUCCGAAGUUCCUGGGCACACUUGACCAGCUAACGUACCUCUCCCUGUCAGACACGCGUCUCUACGGCGAGGUGCCCAAGGCACUCAACGGGCUGGCGAAGCUCAAAGAGCUGUACCUGCAGAAUGGAUGGUUCUACGGCCCUCUUCCCGACCUGAGCGGUCUCAAGCAGCUCACCGAAAU